AUGAUCGGCCUCAACGUGGCGGUCCGCGCCGGCGCCCAGGGGAUCGGCUUCGCGAUCCCGGUCGAUCAGGCGCUGCAAGUCGCGGCGGACUUGAUGAGCGUCGAGAAGCUCGAGAACAAGUGGCACGGCAUCGAGGUCGGCACGACCCGUGAUGGCGCGAGCACCAUCGUGCGGCGUGUUGUUCCCGGCAGCCCCGCCGCGCAGGUCGGUCUGCGUCCCGGCGACGUGAUCACACGCCUCGGCGAUGUUAACGUGGCCCGCGCGCUCGACGUCGAACGCGCCGUGCUCGGGCGCGGAGUGGGAGAGCGGGUGGCGAUGGAAGUGCGUCGGGGCGGCCAGCCGAUGAACGUGCAGCUCACCGUUGCUCGCCGCGGUUCUUCGCCGGCCCGUGACGUGGCGGCCAGCCUCGCCUCGACCACGGCGCCGGCUGCGGCGACUGCCGACCCGGCGUGGCAGGUCCUGGGCAUGAAGCUCGACGUGGAACCGAAGGCGACCUUCGAGUCCCGCGGCAGUCGCUACCGCGGCGGCAUGCGGGUGGUCGAUGUCCGCGGCGACGGUCCCGCCGCCGCCAAGGGGAUCCGUGCGGGCGACAUCCUCGUCGGGAUGCACAAGUGGGAGACCGCUUCGGACGAAGACAUCCGCUACAUCGUCAGCAACGAAUCGCUGCCGACGCUCGGCGAGGUGAAGUUCUACAUCCUCCGCGGCGAGGAGACGCUGUACGGAGCGAUGAAGGUCGAUGCGACGCGAAUCGUGGUCGCGAUGAGUGAACCUGGUACCGAUCCCGAGAUCGUGGGCUUUGGGCAGAUCGGCGUCGGUGACGACGCGGCGGUUGUCGCUCUCGGCGGGUCGCAACUCGUGGCGACCGCCGACCUGUUGAUCGACGGCGUCCACUUCGACACCUCGCAGCACGCCAUCGAGCGUAUCGGCCGCAAGUCGCUCGGCGUGAAUCUCAGCGACUUGGCGGCGAUGGCGGCGCGGCCCGUGGGUUGCCUUGUGAGUCUCGCGCUACCGCGCGGCGGGGUCGGGGGAGUAACGACGCAGCAGCUCGCCAUGCGGCUCGUCGAAGGGAUGGCGCCGCUCGCCAAAGAGUUCGGAUGCCCCAUCAUCGGCGGCGACACGAACGUCCAUGCCGGACCGCUGGUGAUCAACGUGACGGCAUUCGGUGAGGCAACCGAGCGAGGGGUGGUUCGGCGCGACGGCGCUCGACCGGGCGACGUGCUGCUCGUGACCGGCGACUUGGGCGGCAGCCUGUCGGCGAAGCAGUUCGACUUCACACCCCGUGUGCACGAGGCGCUGACGCUGCACGCUGCGGCGCCACUUCGCGCGCUGAUGGACCUUAGCGACGGCUUGUCGCUCGACCUCACAAGGCUGUGCGAAGCAAGCGGCGUGGCUGCCCUCGUCGAUGCCGAUGCCAUUCCGAUCUCGAAUGCGGCGAAGAUGACGGGCGAGGCGGCGCUCGAUCAUGCGUUGUCCGACGGCGAGGACUUUGAACUCCUCGUCGCCGCCGCACCGGACGACGCCAAGCGGCUGCUCGCUGAGAUGCCUGUCGCUUGCGGGCUGACCCGCAUCGGUGAGAUUAUGGCCGGUUCCGGGCUAUCAGCACCAAUGACGCAGAUCAUUAAAAUUGCCGACGAAACCGAGAUGGCGGCCCUCGGCGCCAAGCUCGCCAACACCUUGCAGCCGCCGGCGGUGAUCGCCUUGAUUGGGCAGCUCGGCGCCGGGAAGACGCGGCUGGUGCAGGCCGUGGCGGCGGAGCUGGGCGUGCGUGAAGACGUCACGAGCCCGACGUUCGUGCUGGUCAACGAGUACCGCACGGGCCGGACGCCGAUCUAUCACUUCGACGCCUACCGCCUCAAAGACGAGGACGAGUUCAUCGAGUUGGGCGUCGAGGAGUACUUCGCCGGACUUGGCGCCGCGGGCGCGGGACUGACGUUCGUCGAAUGGGGCGACCGCUUCGCCGACUGCCUACCGCCGGGGACGGUGACGGUGCAGAUCGAAGUGCUGGAGGGGACCGGGCGGCGCGUCACGAUCGACGGCCUCACGAUUUAA